UUAUCUGCACAUGAGUAUGUUUACUAGUUCAGUAGAUGCGCACACAGACAGCCUUCGCCUCACUUCACUGGUAAUAAAACGUUGACAUUUUAACCAGCUAGUGUUGUCUUAUAUAAGUAGACAGUGGAGUUUGAUCCCUUGGUCAGAAAGGAGACCUAGAGAAAGAUGACAACACUGGAAUUUUCCUUGAGGUGAGAAGUGUUUGAGGCUGAAUGUACAACAUACACCAUGUGAACUGCCACAGGACCGGCCAACUGGAAUUAAACCCUGAGUCUGACUACAAGCUGACAGGAGACGCAAUCACUCCCUGAGAAUUCCAGUGAUCUUUGACCCAAGUAUGGCUACCACCCAGGGGACCAGCGUGCCCCCCUCCCAAUCCCCAGGUUUAGAUGUACCCACCCUGGUCACUGUAGACAUUGUGGUGCUCGUUGUCUACUUCCUCCUUGUACUGGCUGUGGGCCUCUGGUCCAUGUGGAAAACCAAGCGGAGCACGGUGGAUGGAUACUUCCUGGCAGGAAAGAGCAUGUCCUGGUGGCCGGUGGGCACCUCUCUGUUUGCCAGUAAUGUGGGUAGCGGCCACUUCAUGGGCCUGGCAGGCUCAGGAGCGGCAGCGGGCAUCAGUGCUGUGGCAUAUGAGUGGAACGGGAUGCUGAUGGUGCUGCUCUUGGGUUGGCUUUUCCUACCCAUCUACAUCGCUUCUGGGGUGACAACUAUGCCUGAAUACUUGCAGAAGCGAUUCGGGGGGAAGAGAAUACAAUUAUUCAUAGCUAUUUUGUAUUUAUUCAUUUACAUCUUCACAAAGAUAUCGGUGGAUAUGUAUGCUGGGGCAGUGUUUAUUCAACAGGCCCUGCAGUGGAACAUCUAUGUAGCUGUGGUGGUGCUUCUGCUCAUCACUGCUCUCUACACUGUAGCAGGUGGUCUGGCUGCAGUCAUCUACACAGACGCUGCCCAGACUGGCAUCAUGUUGAUAGGAGCACUCACCCUCAUGGGCUUCAGUUUCGCUGAGGUGGGGGGCUGGAACGCCCUCCUAGAGGGGUAUGCUACGGCCAUCCCCUCGGUCCGCGACCCCAACACCACAUGUGGCAUCCCCCGGGACGACGCCUUCCACCUGUUCCGUGACCCCGUGACCUCUGACCUGCCCUGGCCGGGCAUCCUCCUGGGCAUGUCCAUACCCUCCAUGUGGUACUGGUGCUCAGACCAGGUGAUAGUGCAGCGCUCCCUGGCUGCUAAGAACCUGCUCCAUGCUAAAGGAGGCUCCCUGCUGGCUGCCUACCUCAAGAUCCUGCCCUUCUUCAUGAUGGUCCUGCCCGGCAUGAUCAGCAGAAUACUCUACCCAGACGAGGUGGCGUGUGGUGACCCUGAGGUGUGUACUGAGGUGUGUGGAAACCCAGUGGGCUGUUCAGACAUCGCCUACGCCAAACUGGUCAUGAAGCUACUGCCCUCAGGUCUGCGUGGUCUGAUGAUGGCGGUGAUGAUUGCUGCUCUCAUGUCCUCCCUCACCUCCAUCUUCAACAGCUCCAGCACCAUCUUCACCAUGGACCUGUGGAGGCAUGUCCGGCCCCGCGCAACCGAGUGGGAACUCAUGCUCGUGGGAAGGAUGUUUGUGCUGGUUCUGGUGGUGGUGUCAGUGCUGUGGAUCCCUGUGGUCCAGGCCAGUCAGGGAGGACAGCUGUUUAUCUACAUCCAGUCCAUCAGUACCUACCUCCAGCCUCCUGUUUCCAUCGUCUUCCUGACUGGAUGCUUCUGGAAGAGGACCAAUGAGAAGGGGGCUUUCUGGGGCCUGUUCCUGGGCCUACUGGUGGGCGGUGUGAGGAUGGCCCUAGACUUUAUCUAUCCCUCACCACUGUGUUACCAGGAGGACAGCAGGCCUGAUGUGGUGAAACAUGUCCACUACCUCUACUUCUCCACCAUGCUGUCUCUGCUCACCCUGGUGGUGGUGGUGGGGGUCAGCCUGGCCACGGAGAAACCCAGCCCAGAGCAGAUCAGCCGCCUCACCUGGUUCACCAGAUUUGAUAAGGUGGAGAAGAGCAGUGGAGCUUUAGAGACAGUAGAGACUGUGACUAGUGCUACAGAGACCGAGAGUGCAGAGCAGGAGAUGGAAGACAGAGAGAAAGAGAAGGCUAACGGAGAGACACACCUUCAGAGGAAAGUCUCCUCAGAAGCCAGUGUGAGGAGCCAGUCCAGGCUGAAGGCCGCCCUCUACUGGCUGUGUGGGAUGGAGCGGCAGAAGGAGGGUGACAGCGCCCCACAACCCCCUCUUCUUCUCGACCCCGCUAGCUCUCUGGAAGAGGACCCAUGCCUUAGCCACGUGGUCGACGCCAACCUCAUCAUCUGCCUCUCCAUCGCCGUCUUUAUCAUUGGCUACUGGGCCUAGUGAGGAAUUCUCAACAGCCAAUGAUAUUGGCAGGGACAGGUGGUGCUUGGCCAUUGCUGCAGCAUCAUAGGAGUGCUACUGAAGUGUCACAGCAAAGGCUGUUAUUUAUUAAUGUAUAAUAGCAAUGUAUCGUUGUUUUUUUAACCCCUCUUCAGAGAACAAUUUUCUUCAUUUUUUUACAGCUUUUUUUUGCUACAUAUACAUACAUUUCACAUCUACAUUUGACAUAAAUGGUACUUUUUAUAUAAAGAAGUCACAUAACAAUAAUACAUUACCAAACAAACUCUUUAAUCCCAACCCUCAGCCACUCUCAGCCCAUCCCACCUAUCACCAUAAACCAUUCUCAUUUGGUUUCCAUGUGCCAUAUAUUUUUCAAUUGUUCUGUGAUUUAUUUCAAAAUUGUUGAAUCUUUCUAAUCGUAUAUUAUGCACAGAUUGUGAGCUAAAGAUGAAAACCUUUCCUGCGAGUAUUAUUUGACUGACUAUGGCUUAACAAAUCGCACAACACUGCUAUUUGUAAGGUUCAUUUUAAGUGCAUGUUGUGAAGUGGAUUUUUUUUUAAACUAUUCCUGAACCUGUGACCAGAAACAACCUACAUAUGGGCAAUACCAGAAUAAAUGAUCUAUUGAUUCUGUCUCUUCGCAGCAAAAUCUACAGAGCUGAGAUUGUGGUAUGCCCCAUAUAUAUGGCAUUCUGUUGGUGGCAAGAAUUGUAUAUAGUAAUUUAAAUUGAAAAACUAAGUGUUGAAUCAAGUGUAGUAUUUUGUAUCAGUUCAUAAAUCCUAUGCCAUGGAAUUGGUACAUCAAAAAUCUCCUCCCAUUUAUUUUGCAACCUGUAUGGCGCAACUGUCAACAUUUUUGACCUCAGAUGAAACAGGUAUAUUUUUCUAUUUAUGCCAGUUCCUUUCAGCCAAUUUGUAUCCUUACUAUAUGGCAGUAAUGUAUGGUUUUAAUGGGCAUGAUGCCUCUCAAUAUGCUACAUGUAUUAUAGUUCUUAGUAAUAGUAUACAUUCCAUUAGAUUAGAAUAUACAGUAUAAAUUCAGUUUUCAGCUGACAUGAAUAAACACGGAAUAUUACUGUUUUAA